GCAGAGCUUAUGGAUCCCAGAUAGCUCCUGGAGGACCUGCCAUCAACCACGCAGCCACUUGACACCUCGUUGACACAGGCCAGCAUCAGUGGCCGCCAGCGGAUUACUGCACAGCUCCAACAGACAUGGAGUAAUUAUAGGAACGGCCUUUGCGGUGACCUCAGCCUCGAGCUCUGAUCACGCUGUGAACAGUCUGGUGCCAAUGGCUCAGGAUUACUGUUGACGAUGAGCCUCUGGCCUGUUCGUCGAAUCGGGUAUCUAUAAGAAUUGGCGGAAGCCUGCUCUAUCUCGGUCUUGUUCUCGGACAUCAUCACACAACACAACCAUCAACACUUAUCACAGCCCGAGCUCAUCUCAUCUCAUCUCGUCUUUCAGGCAACCACCAUCGCAACCACCACCGCAACACUCGCAACACUCGCAACUCCCGCAGCUACUCGCAUCUCGCAUCUCGCAUCUCGCAUCUCGCAACUACCGAUCCCCACCCUCAAAAUCAAGACACAGACUGACAAAAUGCGUUCCGCUAGCUUCGCCGCCUUCCUCCUCUCGGCUGCCCUGCCCUCCAUUGCUACUGCGCUGACUGCCGAAUCUAGCACCUUUGAGCCCCUCGCUGCCAGGGCCGUGGGCAGCCCCGAGGCCUUUGCUGAGCUGCAGCUGGCCGCCAGGGACCUGAACCAGGACCCCAACGCCGAGCACCUGCAGAAGCGCUUCUGGGGCGCCCUGCUCACCGCUGUGCCCAGCGUCAUCCAGGGCAUCUCGUCGCUCUUCGGCAAGAAGGGCAAGCGCGACGAGGCGGCCGAGCUGCUCGCCCGCUACAUCGACACCGACGUGCCCCAGGUGGCCGCCCGCGGCGCCCCCGUGCACCUGCCGCCCGGCCUGGCCGCCAACGUGCUGGCCGUCUACGACCAGAGCGGCAAGGUCGUUUACGACAAGACGGCCAAGCCGGCCAAGCGCUCCGCCCCGGCCUUUGGCGAGGUCCUGACCUCGUUCGACCUCACCAAGAACCUGGCCGAGGUCAAGCCCGAGGGCAUCCAGAGGCGCGACCCCGCCGCUCCCCCGGCGCCCGCCCCGGCCGGCGCCGAGGGCAAGGUCAUGGCCCUGUUCAACGACGACGGCAGCCUCAUCGGCUACUACCCGCCCAAGACCUCCAAGCGCGACCUGCCCGCCGGCGCCGAGGAGCAGGCCCAGGCCAUGGCCCUGUUCAACGACGACGGCAGCCUUGUCGGUGUCUACCCGAAGAACGAAGCUCAGAAGCGCGACGUUGAUGAGGCCGACGUUGAGGAGGCCGAUUUUGAGGAGGCGUCUGCUGGCGACGACGAGGCCUUCACUGACGAUGCUGAAUUUGAGGAGGCGUCUGCCGACGAGGCCGACUCUGACGAGGCCGAUGUCGCCGAUGCUGACUUUGAGAACAUUGUCGAGAAGCGCGACUCCCUGGAGACGUUUGUCCAGGAUGCCAUGGCUGCCGACGCGGCCGAGGCCGAGGCUGAGACCGCCGAGACCCAGGAGGAGAGCCUCGUCCGCCGCGUCGUCGGCAUGCGCGGCGCCCCCAUCGGCUUCCGCGCCUAAGCGUUGACCCACUUGUUUGAUCUUGGUGAGUAUUUCGGUCUUUUUAGGAUACCAUGGGACACUGGGUAGCAAGGCGCUGGUGGAUUUGGGAUAUGGCGUUACUGGCUGGUUUUUCUUUUCCUAGAUGAAUACAGAUUUGAUAUUUUCCA